AUGUCGGACAAGGUCGUCGUUCUCAUUACUGGGGCGAACCGAGUCCCCAAGGGAUUGGAAAUGGUCUUCUGUCGAACGUACCUUGCGAGACCGAAACAUAUUGUAGUCGCCGGCGUUCGUGACCCAGGCAGCGCUUCGUCCCAAAACAUCCAGAUGCUACCGCGUGGCAUGGAUAGUCAAGCGAUAGUGGUUAAGCUCGACAGCACUUCAGGGACCGAUGCGAGAGCGGCUGUCGAGACGCUGACAUCGAAAUACAGUCUGACCAAGCUCGACAUUGUCAUUGCAAAUGCUGGUAUCUCAAAGUAUUUUGGAGCAGCCUCAGUGACACCGGCACAGGAAAUGUCCGAUCAUUUCGUGGUAACACUAUCGCACCGUUACUCCUGUUUCAAGCUACCGCUCCUCUUCUCAAAGCAGCACCGGCUCCAAAAUUCGUGGUCGUGUCAUCCGGUGCCAGGGAGUCUCAGCCAGGUGGUCAAGCUUCCGGUCGAAAACACCGCUUAUGGCGCGUCUAAAGCCGCCGUCAACUAUGUCAGCCGCAGAAUCCACUAUGAAAACCCAUACCUAACUGCAUUUGCCCUCAACCCAGGAUGGCUCCAGACGGAGCUAGGAAAUCAUGCUGCAAGAGGAGUAGGGAUGGCGGCCGCACCCGUCUCCGUUCAGGAUGGGGUCAACGGCAUGAUCGAGCGGAUCGACAGGGCGACGAGAGAAGGGUCAUCUGGGAAGUUCUUGUCGUUCAACGGCGAAGAAAUCCCUUGGUAG